AAAAAUGUUUCUGACAGAAGUCAUUUUAUGCAUACAUGUGCUGUUUUCUUCUUUGAAACCGAAUCUUAAACUGGAAAAGGCUUUGUCUUAAAGUAUCCAACCAAAUUAAUAAUUCUCACAGUAAAUUUGCAAAUCGUUGAUUUCAUCACAUUAGUUUUAAUAAAUAGUUCGAUAAGUAAACAAAAAUGGGCCGAUCAGGACGUUCUCGUAAACGCAAAGAUGCCAUGAAUCGAGUGAAACGUGAACGAAAUGCAAAGAAGGAACUCGCUCGGCUAAAGAAAACACUUGGACUCGUGGAUGCUGAUGGAAAUGACAUAAAAAUGGAACUGGAUGGUAUUGCCGAGGUGAAAACUGCUGCGCAAUUAAAAAAGGAAAAACAGGAAAAGGAAGAGAAAAAAAUCCUGGACGAACUUAACGAAGAAGAAGACAAAGGUGAGAGCGUGGAAGUGGUGAACGAAAGUACACAAAAGGUUCAUGUGUACAAUACGAAAACGUUCCGCGAUCAGUUCGGUACAUUGCCGGCGUGGAAGAAAACAAAGAAAACACAACGGAAAAUCAACAAACGAAUUCACAGUCAGAAAUUGAAGUUCAAUCAGGCCUGGUGUACACAAUAUAUACCGCUGUAAUUCACCUAACGUUUAACAAUAAAAUGUUUUUUUAAGGAAAAUUCUAACAA